CUUUGUUGCUGUGCGUGUGCAUAUAUGGCUGCCCUACGCGUUUCCGAAGGUCGUCAUUCCUCUCAGAUUCGCUUCAGGAGACCCCUGUCUCGACCCCAGCAACACGACUAGCUCGUUCUAUUUCUUACACCUGCUGAUUCACAACACGUAUUGGCCUCCUGCAUCAAACUGCAUACUCUUAUUCCUUGGGUUACCCUUUGUGGCGGUCUUUGUAUUGAUGGUGCCUUCCUUCCGCAGAAAGACGUCGGCAGCGACAACGGACCACCACCUACAGUAGCAGCCUUGCGAAAACGAAGCAAAGUUUGGAGGGAUGCUCGCCUCUCAUAAGUCAAAUCGUCGUCAUCUCAGACCGGUGUCUGCCGGGGCCCCAUCUCCAAUAGAAGAACUGGUGCUACGACUGCGAAGGGAGCUGGAACAAUUGUCAACUCGACAGGAGGAUCUCGCGCAGAGCAGAGAACGUGUGCUCGUUGAUCGCCAAAAGCUGGUGCAGGGGUGGAAACGAGUCCGGGAACAGCGUGACCAGACAGCCAACGCGGAAGUCAGACUGAUGACCCUUUUGCGUCAACAUUACAACCGUAUCGACUCACCUUUUCCGACCGAACUUAACCUGGCGUUCUCGGCCGUCGACGAAGGUCGAAACAGAUUGGGAUCACUCGAAGAAGAUAUCACCGAGGUCGAGGAGAACUUGGGCGCUCAGGAGUGGGAGUUUAUGGAACUCGAAAAUGACCUGUACCAGUACGACCUUUCCCAACUUCUCCCGGAGGAGACAGAAGACGGAAUCGGGAUUUAUACACCGAAAGUUGAUGGAAGUCUGGUCGUUUCGGAGGACCCAUUACCACCAUCGACAAUUCUCCAGUACCAGAUCGAAGAGGCGGAACAUCAGCGAUUGUUAGACUGUUUCAAGGACGCACGGAAUGUGAUAGCUACUCUGUUUGACGCUAACACUCUCAGUAUUGAUGAAGCUGAUUUGGUAGACAUCGAUACAUCUGUGGCUGUACUCUCUUUCGACGACAUCCUCACUCGACUAGCCAAAUGCGAAGUAAGACUACAACACCUCAAGGGACGAUAUAUGUCCCUUCCAAAUGCCAUACCCACAGGCCCGCGAUGCUUUACGGAGCCAUCGCCUGAUAUUGAUAGUUUAUCUGCAAUUUCUGGAGCAGUUUCUCGCGCACACUCUGAAGGCGAUGUUUCUCACCGACCUGAGCAAGUUCCAGCCGUGCAACAAAUUCGUGAUUGGCUACUCGACUGUCUGAAACAGAAUUCAAUGGACCGUAUGCAGUACUUCAGCAUUCUGCAGCAGACCCUCGAAUACAUAGAUGCGCUUGAGCUUGACAUGUCCGGAUGGGAAACCUUGGCGUUUGAGCGAUGGUCAGUCGACAUGGCAGAAGUGAACCAGACAGUCCAAGAAGCUGCCCUUGUGCCUUGUUCUACAAAACUCACCACAAACGAGCGCGAUUCGAUCAUCUUUGGGAAUCAUGGCUUCAGAGAACAAAGUGAGGACGACAUUGCGUGGUCUCGGCCAUCAUCUCUGCAUCGCUUUGGUGAUGAGGAUAAGAUUCUUCUUGACGAUCUCACCUCGACAUGGCCCAACGAUUUUGAGAACCGUUCUCGUCCUGGCACUAGUCUGGAUGCUGAAAGCCAAGUUGGAAGUACCUCUUUGCCGAGCGUGUAUCAAGCGUCAAUUUCGUUGGAUCCUCUUUCACAUUGUGUGUCAGCUCCAGAAGCCAUCCUGCCUGAACCACAUGACUACAAGUCCGGCUCAGUUCCUGCUAAAAUUGAAUUUGUUAGUGGCUAUCUGUAUCCAUCACGGUGCGAUAGUGCUCAAGGUUCCGCUGCAAAAGAGCCUCUCGGAUUGGUCCUUACCGGACAACAGACAUGGAAUGACUCAGAGCUGCUUCAAUGCGAUAUUGGACACACAGCCGAUCAUCCAUUCCUGGCUGAUUUGAGUCCAAUUCGCACGCAAGACAUAACUUACUCGCCGUGGCAAUGGUCAUUUGAACUGCAGCGAUAUUUCUACCUAGGUUUCGGUACAAACGACGAUCUAAUCGAAGCCAUUUGGUCAGAGCCGGUUCCAGCCGGUCAAGGUCCUGAUGUGGAGUUAGCGAAACAGGCAAACCGACGAUGGCGGUUUCAUUCUGAUCAAAGAUGGCUUGAUCGUGAUUCCAAGCCAAUUUUACAAAUCUCAAACACCACUUCUAUACGCUGCCCAUGGAUUCAAUUUUGUCAGAACUACAUCGGACACUUCAAUCCAAAAUACGCACCAAUUGCAACCCCAGAGCAGGACCUGUUCUACAGAGCGGGAAGGGUAUUGUACAGCAACUCCCCUAUGUAUGUCAUGAACUUACGUGUAUCUUAGGUAUUCAGUACGUUGUGGGUAG